AUGCUCAUAAACAACUCGUGUGUUCUUAUGGACAGUUAUAUUUUCUUGCAAACAAAUGUAAAUAUGGAUUUUUUUCGUGCGCAAAAACUUAAAAACAUCCGUACCCCCAACUAUGUGUCAAUCAUUUCUAGACUCGUUGACUUUGGUAUUAUACAUACUGAAAACACUGAAUAUUUUAGUACAGUCGAACUAAAUAGUUCAUAACAGAUCAUAACAGUUAACAUGAUGAAUAUUACAAUUGUUCUCUUGCUUAAUCUGGCAGCAUACGCGGCGUGUGGUGGCGGCCUGGAACCGCCAUUAGCAGGCAGCUUAGAUGGUGAUGAAUGGGAGUAUGAAGAUGUCAACAAUAACAUUGAACUUAGUAAGCCAAUUCAACCGAUUAGAGUACCAACGUCUGAACGGCAUGGAUCAGUUGAAAUUAGUGAAACAAUUGAACCGAGUGAACCGAUUGGACCGAGUGAACCGAUUAUUGAACCGAGUGAAGUAGCUAGUACUUCACGCGGUGUGACUCCCAGUAACAGAUAUCCAAUAGGUGUGUAUUAUGACUACCAUGGUGAUCCAGCAGUGGCGUCACGUGACGGAUCGAAUCAUAGUAAUGAAGGUACACAGAAUUUCACAAGUACAGGUGUAGUCACCAUCUUAGAUUCCGUAACCCAGUCGUUUGACGGCGAAACACUCGUCAUUAACGGCAUCUACGUCCCAGAAAUUCAAGCAGAAGAUCUACGGUGGAUACAAUGGGGUGAAGGUACACUCAAGAUCAACGGGAUGGAAAAUGAAAGAUUCAAGGGAAUACCAGGAAAGGGAACCCUGAUUUUUUAAUCAAGCAAUAAGUCUACAAUAAAAAAU